AUGGCUGCCGCUACUGUUGUCAAUCCGAACGACCCCAGUGCGCCAGUUGUGCAAAAGUAUGUUCUUGAAGCAGCGAAGCGCUUGAGAGAGGAUGGUAUGAAUCAGUAUGAGCAGCUUCACUUUAGUGAAAACGAACGUCUGCACAGUCUGAUUAAAGAUAUAUGGGCCGAUCACGAUGCACUUGAUGCACUUCCUUUGCCCAUUGAGAAUGAUGGCCGCGUCAAGUUUUUGAUCCUUAGGGCCGAGAUAGGCGGAAUUAUCAUGUCGAUUAAGUUGACCAAAAAGGGAUUCAACCCCGAAGAAAUACUUAUGGUUGAUACUGUCGGGGGGUUGGAGGGACAUGGUAUUGGAUUGCAUUGUGACUUUGAGUCAUAUUACCAUUUUCCCUUUUUGGAAGACACAGGCUAUAUGCCUAAGAAAAAGGAUUCCUCCAGUUUUGAGAUUCGCAAGUAUCUGGAGCAGCUUGUCGACAAGUUUGGGCUGAAUAGUCGAGUCUUGUUCCGUACGCAAGCCAACAAACUCGAAUGGAAUGACAACACCAAGGCCUGGAGGGCUAGCGUAGUUAUGAGAUGUGGUCUAGAAGGAAAGCAAGAAGAAAAUCCUUUGUUUUACGCCGAGAUGGUUACCAUUGCCACUGGUCCGCUUCCUUACCCAAAAGUACCCAGAGUACCUGGAUUGGCACAGUUUUCCGGGCCAUUACUCCAUGCAGCGCGUUGGAACUACGACAUCACCGGAGGCUCUGCCAAUGACGAAAUGCCAGACAUGGCCAAGCUCAGAAACAAGGUAGUGGGUAUCAUCGGUACAGGUGCCGCUACAAUCCAGCUUGUUCCCCAAACGGCCAAGUUCGCCAAGGAUGUCUAUGUAUUCCAGCGCACACCUCCCCAAAUGUAUUCUCUAGGUCAGUUUGAUACAGAUCCUGAGGAUUGGCAUCAGAGGAUAGCCGCUAAACCUGGGUGGCAACGAGCUCGGAGGAAGGCAUUUGCAGAAACGGUGAUUGGGAAUGGGAAAAUGGAAGAUGAAGACCCCAAUCAUGGCUGGGUUCAAAUAAAAGGCUUCGGCUCCCUCUACGGCAACACUCGGUUUGGCAAUAUUACACGUGAGAAAUUGCAAGAGCAUAUUGGUAAAUUGCUCGCGCUCGAUUCGAAAAACAGCGAAAGAAUUCGCUCGCGGAUAUGGGAGAUUGUUAAAGACAAGGAAAUGGCUGCAAAGAUGACACCUUGGUAUCCGACAUGGUGCAAGCGUCUGACUUUUAGUGACCAGUAUCUGGAAGCCUUUAACAGCAGCAAUAUCCACAUGGUUGACACAGAUGGCGCUGGAAUCGACAGCGUCACGACGAAGGGUGUUGUUGCCAACGGUCAAGAAUACCCAGUUGAUAUCCUUAUUUUAAGCACUGGGUAUCGUUCACCACGUGCUAGAGGGGCUCCAGGGGCGCGUACCGGCACAGAGAUCAUUGGUCGUCAUGGGCGUCAAAUAUCAGAAAAUUGGGAAGCACAGGGCUUCAGCACUUUCCAAGGAAUUCCAACUAACGGGUUUCCCAAUCUCUUUAUACUAGGUAUGGAUCAAAAUACCGCAACAGCAAAUUGGGGUCAUGUCAUGGAUGUGGUGAGCGAGCAUGUGACUUCCGUUAUUGAAAUUGCUUCUAGGCAGACACUGGAUACACCGGGGACUGUAGUGAUUGAACCUUCGGCUGAGGCAGAGGAAGGGUGGGGCAUGGCGAUUGCGAAAGGCUCCGGCCUCUUCGGUGUAAACGUAAUCUGCACGCCAGGGCAUCGAAAUCUGGAGGGUGAGACACUAAAGAUGCCGGCGCCAGAUGACCAUGAAGGAAUGAUGAAGAGGGCAAAGUCAGUGAUUUGGGGCGGAGGUAUAGUGGAAUUUACCCGAAUGUUGGAGAGAUGGCGUGAGGAUGGCAAGUUGGAGGGUCUCGAAGUGACUGUGGGGUGA